UAAUUAUCGAAAAAUGAAUACUUUUGGCAUUUUGUCUACAUUCGACCACAACGUGCAGGAACGGAAGUCGUAUAAGGGUAGAAUUACGCAAUGGUUUAUUGCAAACGACAUCGUCCCGAAGAAUGAUGCAGCUGGAGCCAAGAGGAGGGCGAUCCUGCUCAGUGCACUCAGUGACGGUACUUAUAAGUUGGCAGCGGAUCUGGCACUGCCAAAGGACAUCCAAAAAGUACCGUAUGACGAUAUAGUGCAGUUACUGGACGAACAUUUUCUGCCAAAUAUAUGUGGCUUCAGCGAGCGCUAUAACUUUUACGCGGCUGUGCAGCAACCGGGCGAGACAUAUACGCAAUGGGCGUCAAGGCUACGAGGAUUUACUGCACAUUGCAAAUUUAGUAAUGUCGAGGAGGCGUUACGAGACCGCUUUGUAAUGGGUAUGACAGCAGGCAACCAACGAGAGAAGCUGUUCGCGCAGGACAUCAACAAGCUGACUUUGGCCAAGGCGGUGGAGCUGGCGGAGAGCGUGCGGUCACAAAUACGACUGUUCAGAGCUAUACAACAGAAUGGGCAGCAGACGCCGGUAUUCAAGAUCGCUAAACAAGGAAAUAGUGCUAAAACCAAUAGUGUCGCUAAAAAUAAGUGUACAGUGUGCGGUCGUAAUAAUCAUGAGUCAUCCCAAUGUCGAUUUGCAAACUAUAAAUGCAAUAAGUGUAACACCAAGGGUUAUUUGCGAAAAAUGUGUAAAAGGGUUAAUUACGUGUGUGGUGAUGUGAGCGAGGACGGUGGUGACGAUGGUAUGUCAUUGUUAAAUAUACGCUCUGCCCAAGACUGAAACGGUUACGAUUUACGGGAAAAAUGUGCAAUUUCAAAUAGAUAGUGGAUCAGCUGUGACAGUUAUAUCCGAGGGUACUUAUAAAAACAUGUUCAGUAAUAUUUCGUUACUAGAUUCAAAGAAAAGAUUUUUUAGCUACACCGGCAAUAUUAUGGAAUGCGUAGGGUACGUAAACAUGCCAGUGACGUACCUGUGACACACUCACUCGUUGGACAUAUACGUCAUUCGCAAUGGCGGACCACCGUUAUUAGGCAGAGAUUUUAUAUCAAGAUUUAAACUUAAGUUGAUGCCUUGUAAUUUUCUUAAGGGUGAAUACAGUAUGGUGGAGGAAUUGUUGAUGUGACGUAGACC